AUGAAUACUAUGCAAGACACAUCUAAAACCCCCCAUGGAUGGCAAAUGGAACUAACAGACUGCAUUGCAUCAUACAUGAAAGCCAGAUUUCAAGAGGAGGUAUUCAGUGGACCUCAUGCCCUUCCAGAUAUAUCAAUUCUGUUUCUGGUGUUAUGUGAAGCAGAUCACAUAUUGUCAGUAAUCUCACAGGCCUCUUGUUGCCCAAUCAACAGCAGGAAAAAUUGGGGUGGAAAAACCUGCAAUGCAGAAGCUGCUGAGAGAUACACACAAGUGACUGAGCCAUCCAUUCUGGUGACUGACUCGAGCACCAUCCACAUUUGGCCAACAUAUGGAACUGCCUUCAUCUUCCUGAGGGAACCACUGUGGGAGAGCAUAAAGGCUUCCCCACAGGCAUGGCAGAUGGACAAGUCAUAUUUCCAUGAUGAUGCUGAGUUGAAAGGCACCAUCAACCUGUCACCUGCAUGGUUUCAACAGGGUCAUGGGGUGGAUGGCUGGGAAGCAUUGAUCUGCCUUGGUGAACUGGCAGAACAGGAUAUCAAUGGACAGGAUCCAUGGUAUGACAUGCUGGUAACUGUGGGUGACUACCUGCCCUUGGACUUUGUCAUUCCAACAUUGAAUCUGCAGCUGCACUACAACCCAGGGACAAUCAUUGCAUUUUCAGGUUCAGCAUUGGAGCAUGGGAUGGGAGCUGUAGAUGGUGACAGAGCAUGCCUGGUGUACUACAUGCAUCCAAAUGAUAUGCUGGCUCUCAAACUUUGGAUGGGUGGUGUUGCCAAGAUUUUGCAAAUGGGCAGGUGCUUCAACAUCAUAGAUUGGGUGGGUACUCAGAGCUAA